UUUAUAUAGUGUGGUACCUGAUUUACAAGACCCCGUCGCCAUGAUGCCAAAAAGGCAAUUUCUCUUCAAGUGAGGGGAGAAGUUUACGGUUAGAGAAAUUUUCCGCUCCCCUACUCAGUUGAAUUACUUCCCGUCAGCAACUCCGGCCGGUUUUAGCCGGCGCUUUUAUUACUUUUCGAUGGCUGACCCGUAUCGAUCGAGAGAAGGAUUGAGCACGAGGCCGGCGGCGUAUGGCGGUUAUUCGGAUGAGGUUCAGGUGCGAAUCGAUCCAGAUUUUGAUGACGAGGUCACCGGUCUUCGCAAGCAAGUUCGGCGAUUACGUGAUGUAGCUCAAGAAAUUGAGACCGAAGCAAAGUUCCAAAAUGAUUUCCUGAAUCAGCUGCAAAUGACAUUGAUCAAAGCUCAGGCAGGGAUGAAAAACAACAUGAGGAGACUCAACAAGAGCAUCAUAAGGGAAGGAUCAAGCCACGUCAUGCAUGUAGUUCUGUUUGCGCUCUUACUGUUUUUUGUUGUUUACUUCUUUGCCAAAUUUUCACAAAGAUGAGGAUACAAAGAAGUGCGUUGUGUGCUCGUCCAACAAUUAACAUGUUGAGUUUAGGUAAAACAUUUGUUAUUUACAGUGUGAAAUCCCCUUAGCAGCAGCUGGAAUACACCUACACCUACUUGGCCUCUUCUUUUAGUGUUGUCAAGACACUUUCAACUACGAGCUUAGUUGUGGUUUACCUCAAUCUUUAUGCAAACAUAGGGAUUAUACACUGAUGUAUUAAUUUGGCGUUACCGAAAUUGAUCUCUAGAGCUGUGUUUGCCAUUUUUCUUCAGUACGGUUUGCCGCUUGAAGGAGGCUUUUUUGUCUAUUGUUAUUUGUUAAUACUACUGCCGUAACUUUUGUU